AUGGAGUGUUUAGAGAAAAGCAAACGAUCAUCACCCGACAAUCAGUAUAAACAACCGUCCUAUAUCAAAGAGCACUCCCGAGUAAGGUUAGUUCAUUCGAUCGGUGCUACAGUGGAUUCGAGUCGUCUUUGUCAUCACGAAGACUCGCAUCAGAAGAAGGAACAGGUGCAGACAAUCGACUUGAAUCUAUCGGGCCUUGCUGAAGUCGAAGACGGCGAAACGUUAGCCGACUGA